AUUGAUAUUUACAAUGAUUAAAUACUGUCAUUAAUAUAAUUAUGAAUAUUUACAAUUAUUAAACAUUAUAACUAUCAAUACGAUUAAUGUUAAUACAAUCAGUAUAAAAUUAUAUAUAAUUAUACAAUCGGUAGCUACAAAAACGAGUCGAAGGGCUCGCAAAAUGGUGUCUCCUCUUCCUAAGAAUUGUCCAUCUUUUUUAACAAUCUGAGCGCGAAUUAGAGAUUAAUUACCGUGUUGUGUACUGCAUAUCAAUUCUGACUGAUUUACCGUAUAAGCGACCUUCAUUUUGGAAUUGGAGAAACAAUAGAGUUACCCCUUAUGCUUCCUCGAUUCCAUUCGAUCGUAUUUCGGUCUCUCUGCUUCGACAUAUAAACGAUAACAAUUGUUUCCCGAGCAUUUCAUAUUGCUCGAUCGGCGCCUGAAAUCGUGGAAAACGACCAUAAUCUCGAUCGCUGGACUGCGGAUCAUCUGCGACAUCCGCGCGAUAUUUCGAACAGCAUUUUCACUCGACUAUUUCUUUCCCCGAUGCUUAAAAGCUGUCUCAAGCAACAAAAAAGAUCGAAUCUCCGAUUCGAAUUUCAUUUGCGAAGCAAAACGCGUUCGACGCGCGUCCGUCGAGUUUCUCUCGCGGGGCCCAAAAUUCGCCGAUCUCGGCUGAUAAACCUAGCGAUAAGGUUACUAUCAUUACUGGAAUGAUAGCAAUAUCAUGCGAAAAGCAUCUGAAUCCAAAAGCUCAUAAAUCGUGAUUUGUACAAAUUGCUCGGAAAAUGCUAUUCAAAUAAAACAUUAAAGUCGCCCAUUUACGGGCGACGGGCACCUAUUACUGUGCCCUAUGCACCUAUUACUGUGAUAUAUCACCUUCUAAUAGCAGGAAAAUGCGAAUUCGAAUAAGAAAACGGAUCCGCAGUUGAACGAUCGCGUUCGCAUAAUCGUUCGUCAGAUGCGUCUCGGUGUCAAUUCAUUUUUGUUUCUUCUUUCUAAUCGAACACAACGAUACUCCGACUUGCAAAAUUCGACGAAAUGCGAUCCGCGAGCCUUGUCGCGACUUUUCGCUUGUCUCGAACGAUUCGACGCGGAUUGCAAAUGUGCGUGUCGAUGACAAUUAAUGCGCGCGAAUCAUCGAACAUUUGUGACACUGUACGAUAAUUAACGAUCGAUCCGCGAGGCUCGAUCGCGUUUUGUACCUCGAUCGGCCUUCGGUUCGGCCAUGGAAAAUAAAUCAGCUGUGACCAACAGAACAUGUUCUCAACGUUCGAGUCCGAGCGCGAGCAAUCCAGCCGCCAUCUUGUCGGCCGCCGCUUCGUCGCGUCGCUCUUGAAGCGGCUUGAAUCUUUCAGGAAGGUUGGGGCGACGCGGAUCGGACGUCGGCUCGUGGAAUCCUGAAUAUUUUUAAUAUAAUAAUAACGAAUGAUAUUCUUAAAUAUUUAAGAAACGCUGCGGCUGUCCGAGAAGACAUCUGCGAAGCCGGUGAACAAGAAACGGUUCCUUUUUUUAGCAAGUUCGCUCCUCUCGACGAGUAGAAUAGGACGCGGCGAUCCAUGGACAAAAUUUAAUUAAUAACACACGAACAAAUAUGGCCGUCGCUUGUGCGGGAAAUUUUGUUCGACAGAUCUGCAUCGAUUCGAAGGCGUCGAGCGCGCGUCUACGAUCGCCGUAAAAAAGUAACCCUCUCGAGGACGCUGCCGACGUUCAAGGAUAAAUCCAAGGAAAAUCAUCCCUUUGCGGCGCUGCCGCGCUCUCCGGGACGCCCUGUAUUUAAUUACGAUUUGUUCAUUUGUUUGUAAUCGUCUCUCCGUCAUCGAUCUUCUUUCGAGUUUUGUCGUACGUUCGCGCCGGUUCAAUUCUCGUCUCUUCGUUGAAAAACAGUUCGUUUUCGGGGAACCGAUAAAAAAAUACGAGAUCAAUAACCUCGAGAUCCGCGAAGCAGCUGCUUUUGUUUCUCGCGUUGAGUGACAAAUUCGCUCGACAGUUUUUCUCUUUUUUUGUUAUCGUCGUUCGCGCGUCGCUCGAUGGCGACGCUUUCUCGUCGACGCAGGCGUCCGAUUUGUAAAACGUCGAAAGGAACACAUAAUAAUAAUAAUAAUAAUAAUAAAAAAGAAAAGGAAAACUGUGCAACUGUGUGUCAUGUCGCCGCGUUUCUGUCAUGUCGAUCAGUAAAAAAAAAAGAGAACGAUGCUACCAGCGCGAUCCGAUUAUCUAGCGAGCCUCUCUCUCUCGCGCGCGUAUUUUCAAUUAGAUCAGAGAACAUGUUCCGGGGACGAUCACUAAACGCCGCUUUUCUCUCUUUCGAUUUCAGAUACGUUAGCCAUGUUGCAGCUGCCGUACGCCAUCUCUUCGACUUUUCAGCAGUACGCAUCCGCCGGCGGCCAGUCCCAGCAUCAGCAACAACAUCAGCAACAGCAACAAGCCGAAGGGAAGAGCUCGCGGAACGACAGCGGCGCGAUCAACGUUUGUUUCGGUUGCGGGAAGAGGUAUAAGUGGCGGGACAGCCUGCUGAGGCACCAGAGGGUCGAGUGCGGGAACAAGGAGAAGAAGUUCUGUUGCACCCUGUGCCCGAAAAAGUUCUACCAUCAGUACAAAUUGAACGAACAUUACCAGGGCCGUCAUAAGCUAUUAACGACGAAAAUUAAUCAAGAUCCUAGACUAACCAGACGAGUAUCGAACAAGAGCCUAAGAAAACAUUAUCGAUUCAUCAAAAGCCUCGAGAGACAACGUCUGUCGAAGCUCGAGACACAUUGGAGGGGAGCUCUUAGUAUUUCCAGUCAUCCAUGUGAUCGCUUUCAUUGUGAACCGGUUUGA